GUAGUUUCCCAACUAUUAUUAUUAAUCAAGUUAUUGUUGGUUGUCGUAUAACUGUUAGCUAGUCAACUUUUAGUUGGUUGUUCGAGUAUUUGGGAAUCAUAAUGAUGUCGGAAGUGGUAGCAAGGCUGUGAAAAUAGCUAGCAGGCUUAUUAACUAUCACAACAUUGUUCUUGGCAGUAGUUGGCUGGUUUAUCUUGUUUUAUUUGUAGUUUUUUCCCCCUCUAUCAGAUAUUCCACACGUUAAUUGGCUCAGUUAAUUUGUAAAACAAUGGCAUUAGUAAAUGCAGAUAGAAUCAAAUCGGAGCUGAACACGUUCGACAUUGGUUGUGGAGACGACAUAUUGGACAAGAUGUUGGAGCAGUGUCUGUGCAACAGGUUGCAGGGGCAUGAGAUAGUCCUGGAGUGGGUGGCUUUCAGCACCACCAAGGGAGGCUUGAAACUCAGUUUGAACACACUGGAGCAGUUUGAGCAUGAGGUUCUAAACAAGAAAUACAAGGCCAAACCGGCCAUCGCAAAGCGAGAGGAAUCACACAACAGAACCAGGGAUAUCAACUCGCUGCAUGACCUAAUCAAAGCAGAAGAAGAAGAGGAGAGUCUUCUGGACUCCUAUUCCACCCCAGCUAAGGGUUCUCAGAAGCGUGCCCUGACCACCCCAGAACACCCCCAGUCUAAGAGGAGUGCAGCUCUUAUAGCCAGCCCUGGCCUGCUGAUGUGCUCGGCCAGCUUCUUCCCCAGUGUGACCCCUUCUCAGAAGUACAGUCAGCGGGGAGGUCGGGGGGAGGUGGUGUCUACAUUUGGGGCCGUCCAGGGCACACGUUGGGCAGGGAGGAAAGGGCAGACGAACGGGGUUCAGCUGGAGCUCCUAGAGGGAUCAGAGGACUCUUUGAUUAACAACUACAAGUACAUGUUCCAAAGGCUGAGGGACGUCCGCAACGUGUUGACCGAGAAGAUUGAGGAGCUGGGAGAGGAACUGAGGACAAACUUCAACAUAGAAGAGUUCUCACCUGUGUCUCUUCCUGCUCAGGACAGUGUGAUUGUCCUGGGACAGGUGUGCUGUGACAGUAAUGGGAAGCUUAACUCUCAAUCGGUGCUGUUGGAGGCAGGGCCUGAUCAGGGUGGGCGGCAGGUGCCAGUAGACCUGUCUGAACUCAGAGACUACUCACUCUUCCCUGGACAGGUGGUCGUCAUGGAGGGGAUGAAUACUUCAGGGAGGAAGUUUGUGGCAUCUAAACUCUUUGAGGGUGUCCCUCUCCCAUUCUACUCAACUCCCAUCAAACAGGAAAUGGACAUGGACAUUCCUGAUGUUCCAGAGCAGUUUUUGGUGAUGGUGGCCUGUGGUCCCUACACCCCCUCUGACGGCCUGACCUUUGACCCACUGGUGGACCUCAUCAACGUCAUCGCCAGGGACCGCCCUGACGUUUGCAUACUGCUGGGACCCUUUGUGGACUCCAAACAUGAGCAGAUAGAGAAAUCUCUGGUGACGGAAACGUUUGAUGCCAUCUUCUCCAGAUGUGUGGGAAGCAUUGUGGAAGGCACCAAAGGAGUUGGAUGUCGGUUAGUAUUUGUUCCCUCCCAGAGAGAUGUCCACCAUCACUUCAUUUACCCACAACCCCCUUUCAUCCUGCCGGACCUCAGCAAGGAUGACGCAAAGCGUAUGACCCUGGUGCCUGACCCCUGCACCCUGCUCAUCGAUGGUGUGACCUUUGGCCUGACCUCUACAGACAUCCUUUUCCACAUGGGAGCAGAGGAGAUCAGCUGUGCCUCUGGCUCGGACAGAUUCUCACGCAUCUUGAAGCAUAUGUUGACCCAGAGAAACUACUACCCCUUGUACCCGCCUGUGGAGGAGGUGAACAUGGACUAUGAGAAGUUCCAGGGUUACGGCCAGAUGCCCCUCAGUCCCGAUGUGCUCAUCGUCCCCUCCGAGCUACGCUUCUUCAUCAAGGAUGUGAUUGGCUGCGUGUGUGUCAAUCCUGGACGCCUGACCAAGGGCCAGGUGGGAGGGACUUAUGGCAGGCUGCUCAUCCAGAGGAGCGCCCCAUCGAUAGAUGGGAAGAGAGUCAGUCCCUGUGUGGCCGGCCAAGUGGUCAAGAUCUAAUCUGAUUGAAGACUGACUGAAGAUUGAUUUCUCUCCCCAUCGCUCUCAUCUUCAUAUUACAAAAUUAUCUAUUCUACAAUGACUAUUAAUGUAGCUAGCUGCUUACUGUAAUUUAAUUUGAUAAUUUGCUCAGUCCUGUAUGUGUUUGGUAUUCUACUGAAUCACUCCUUAUUUUAUAGUGGAGUUUUCCAAAGACAUGAUGAUAUUGGGCACUUCAAUGAUUAUCAGUCAUCCAUUCUGAUUCUCACACUAUUCUUGUCAAUAAAUAAUUAUUUCUCAA